AGUUGGGUUAGGUUAAAUAAAGAUUUUUGUUGCUAAUGAUAAGUGAAAAUAAUUCAUGAUUUAGGUGUCAAAUUACGGAUGUUUUGGGCUACUCGAUAUAAGAAUCUAAAUUAACCAUAGUGAUCAUAAAUUAUUCGUAGAAAAGUGAAAAUGAGUCGCCAUGACGGUGUCAGCUGUGAUUCCUGUAUGAAAAACAAUUUUCGAGGUCAUAGAUAUAAGUGCCUAAUAUGUUAUGAUUAUGAUCUCUGUGCAUCCUGCUAUGAUGAAGGAGCUACCACGACUAGACAUAGUACAGAACACCCAAUGCAGUGCAUUCUCACAAGAUCUGACUUUGAUCUUUAUUAUGGUGGAGAAACAUUGACAAAUGAGCAACCACAAUCUUAUACAUGCCCCUAUUGUAAUAAAAUGGGUCUGACUGAUGUGACUUUGCAAGAACAUGUGCAGGCAGAUCAUACUGACAUAUCAUUCGAAGUUGUCUGCCCUGUUUGUGCAGCAGUACCAGGCGGUGACCCAAACCUCAUCACAGACGAUUUCGUGGGGCACCUGACGCUGGAACAUCGUACGGGAUCAAGAGACCUUAUUUCAUUUUUGGAUGAGCCAUCUGGCAUUCGACAUGGUGGCGUGCGUCGUAUUCCUCACUCUUCGCGGGGGGUUGGCAGCACAAGAGCUAGACGUUCCAAUAUGCACUUCAGCUCAUCUGGAGGUCUUUCUUCAUUAUCGCCUAGUAGUCGGGAAUCCGUUGACCCUAUAGCUGAAUUAUUAUCACAAUUAUCUGGCGUCCGGCGGUCGGCUGUGGCCGCUUCUUCACCUUCGCCAGCUGCCAUCACUAGCAACACAACAUCAUCCCAGCUCCAACAGCUCCACAUGCAGAUACAACUGGAGCGCCAACAGGUCACUCCUUCAUUUUCACAGGCGGCGAGGCAGCAACUCGAACGGUUGCCUCGACGUCAGGCGCAGUUGUUAGCAGGUAGUGGAGCUGGUGCAGGAGCGAGUUCCGCAACAAAUCCGACUUUAAUUCAGAGUUCCCAAUCUGCCCAUAAUAGCAAAUCUGGGGCUUUACCAACCAGUUCACUUCUCGCCAGUACGUUGCAUAACCCCCCGAGCCCAUGGCAAUCUCAUAGUAACAGUCAGCAAUUCCUAUUAUCCAGGUUUAUGAAUUCGUCCCUUUCGGAUGGCCAAGUAGCAGACAUGGAGCAGUUGCGUGCAGACCGAUCUCUGUUCGCGCAGAGUUUGACAUUGGCCACGUUGUCUAUUGUGGAACCUGAGCCGGAGAACAUGGAAGUGGCAACACCUUUGAAUGAGAAUGAUUCCAGCGAGUCAAUGAACAAUGCAAGUACUCCAGCUCAGGAUAAAAUACUUGAUCCACACCCCAAUAGUCAGCAAAGAGAUGUUCAUACAACCACUGCAGCCGCCAAUAAUACCACGACCGCCACAAAUCAUCCCAAUAAGCCCCCAACGAAAUCCGGAGAACGUAAACCAAAGCAUGCCGCCAGUGCUAAAACUAGGGAUUUAAAAUCACGCGGCGACACGCUGAAAGUGAAUCAGGUUGCGGAUCGCAGGUAGUGCUGCGAUUCUUGGCAACCAAAAAAAAAUUAGCUAUAUAACAAUUAUAGACACACAUAUGGUAAGAAAGAGGAGGACACGGAUUCAGAAUGUUAUUUAUAUUGAAUCUUUUUAGCAAGUGGGUGUAUGUGAACCAUUAUGAAAGUUAGUUGAACAAGUGAUAAAGAUUUGAUCCGAACACCUUUUACUUAUCAUGACCUCAUCCCCGUAUCUAGUGUGGCUUAUAAAAAAAAAAAUUAUUUCACUAAUAUAACAGCAUAUUUUAAAAAAAAGUGUUACUUUAGAACUGAAUUCAUUUCUUAAACAAUUUGGUUCGGGAGCCAAUGGCCUUGUCAAGUAUAACACAGGUAUUUGGUAUUAUUUAUGAAAAUUAAGGAUAUAUUUGUUUUGAGCAGAUGUAUUUGUGAUAUUGUUUGAUAUUGUACGUUACUAGUUUUCAUGCUAUGUUACUAGUUUUCUUUGUACGGUAUUAUCAAAAUAUUUCAUGUAACAAUUGUACUAAUAUCUGCUUACAUCUGAGUAUUCUGUCCUCAAUGUAUUUUAUUAUUUAAUAUCAUAUAUUAAAUUACAUAAAUUAAUAUAUUGGAUGGUUGAGUGUGUGUUAAUCUCGAUGAAUUAUGUAAAUACCUUAUAUAAAACUUAUUUUUUUGGAAACUUCUUAAAUUAUGACAAAACUGUUUUAAAUAUGAAGAGUAUCCAAAUUCAUAUAAGACAUCCAUUGCAUUGUUUAGUAGAAAAAAUAUGAUUUUAUGUAUUAUUUAAAUUUAUAUAUAGAAUAUUAAUGACUCACAGUGUAGUGUAUAUAUACAUCUACUAUAAUUUAUUAUUUACAAAUUUUCCCGAUAAAAAUACUGUUACUAAAUUGCUAGGCAUGUGAUCAUGUAUUAUGACUUUGUCUACAUUAGGUGUGAUCUUGAUAAUGAAAUAUAUGAGCUUUGAAAUCUCUA